GCUUCAACCCAGCUCAUCCCUCUCUCUCUCUCUCUCUCUCUCUCUCUCUCUCUCUCUCUCUCUGCUCUGGGUUCGAGAAAGUGCAACUGAAUUGCUCGUACCUAUAAAGAAAACCAGCCUCCUUCAACCCCAUGAACUUGAAAACUCCCCCUACCUAAACUUAUUCUUGACUUGCCUUAACUCUCUCUCUCUCUCUCUCAUGGUGCCAUCACAGCUAGCUUCUUCUUAUGGUUUCUUUGUGAUCCCUAUUUAGAAGUAUACACGCAAUCAAUCCAGGCAUAUAUCUUCAUUCCUCAAGUAGUGAUCAAGUCGAGCAAAGGAGAAUUGAUUGAAGAGCUAGCUAGGGAAUUAAUUAAUAUUAAUAUGGGUGGGGGUAUUGGGUUUCGUCACAGUCACAAGUCUUCGUUUGGAGUUGUUGCAUUUGUGGGACUUGUUUGGCUUCUCAUGUUUGGCAUUCUAGAAAGUGAGGCAAGAAAAUUACCAGCUACACUAACAGAUAGUCGUCGUCAUCAUCAUCAAGAACAACAUGAUCAGCCCAUCAUUAUUGAAAAUUUCAAGCAUGUGGAAGAAGAGGUGAUCAUAAGAGAAAGGAAGCUUGCAGCCUCCUCAGAGCUAGAUCUCAACUACAUGAGCAAAAGAAAAGUUCCCAAUGGCCCUGAUCCUAUUCAUAACAGGAGGGCAGGGAACUCUAGACAGCCUCCAGGACAGCAGUAGGCAUAAGCUAAGAGUUCGAGAAGCUGAAAAAAAAAAAAAGGAAUUGCAGAAGGUGCAUGGCGCAAGAUGUCUGCAUGAUCUUGUAUGUAUUUUUUUUUUAAAAAAAAAUAUUAUAAAAGUUCUCCUUUAUUCGCAUUUGAAGAAACCCAGCUUGCAAGGAUUUCAGAUAAACAAAUUGUUGUGGGAAGAAGAAGAUGAUGAUGAUGAUGAAGAUGGCAGAGUAAAGAAGAAGAAGCUUGUCUCUUACAAAAUACACUCCAAAGAAUCCGAAGGAAGAUCAAACUGCCUAGCUUUUGUAGAAACCCCAGUUAAUCAAGUGCACCCAGUCCCUUGUCUUUUAAUUAGUAUUUUUUUUUUUCAACGUACACCUCAAUUUAAUUUAGUGUGUGUGAAUAUAUGUGUGUGUGAGAGAAAAAAAAAAAACAGAUGGGUAUGUCAAUCUCUCUCUCUCUCUCUCUCUCUCUCUCUCUGCAUGCAAGAGAUAAUUGAAGAAAAAGAAAAGUUGAUGGAACAGAGUCCGAAAAAUGUAGUAGAGGAAGCAGCCAUGCAUGCAUGAAUGAAUGAAUGUAUGGGAGGACAUGUACGAAUCACUAUGUAUCAAUCAAGUAAUCAUCUUUGGCCA